AUGUCAGAUAAAAUUAUUCCACAUUAUUUACGUGAUAUUGAUGAUAACUCAAAUGGUCGUGAACAGUAUCAACAACAACAACAUAUACGAAAAUUAACCAAGACUGAAGAAAAUUUUCAAUUACGACAACAAUAUCCACAAUUUGUUGUACCACCAUCUAUGUACAAAGUGAUUCAUGUCAACAACUAUACAUCAAUGGAAGAAAUGCAUUUAUUGAUCAAUCAUGUACAAGCAUGCACUCAAUUUACCAUCGAUACAGAAUCUGAAAGAUCAAAUAAUCAAUUGGCAUUAAUACAAAUACAAACUAUACCACCUCGAUUACCCUCAUUAGUUGUAUUAGUUGAAUUGGCACAUUUACCAUCAAAUCAUUUAAAUACGUAUGUUAAAAUUAAAGAAUUCUUUGAUUUAGUAUUUAGAUCUGGUAAUGAAUUAUAUUCGUGGGGCGAAAUGGAAAAAGAACUUGAUCCAAUACAAAAUUAUCAUUUAUUUAAUUGGCCAACAACAGCAUCAUUAAUCAACAUACAAUUAUAUUUUCCGGAUUGGUAUGAGUGGGCACUGGCUCAUUGUGAGUCAUGUAGCCCGGAUCAUCAUCGUCAACAUCCUGAUGCUAUUAAUUAUGAUAAUGUUACUACACAAAAUUAUUCAUUAUCAAGGUGUAUUUGUCAUGAACGAAGUCCAUACCGUCCAGGUGAAAAAUGGGCUCUCCAGAAGGCCUUAAUUUAUGCAGCACACAUGUUCAUCGACAAAUCGAGUACGGUUAAUAAUUGGGCUGCAGGUUUAACAUCCAAUAAUUCAACAUUAUCAUAUGGUCGAAGAAAAAAAAUGAUUAAUUAUGCUAUUUACGAUUGCUUUUCAACAACAUAUCUUAUUCGACCGGUUUUAGAAUAUUGGACAUUCAAACAAUUAAAUGAUAUCAAUAUUGUUGAAUUAUUUACAUCAUUUAAAGCAUUAUCACUUCCAAAAAUUAAUUCAUCAAAUAAAAAAAAUGAUGAAAUUUAUCUCAAUCAACUCAUUGCACCAGCUACGAACGAGCAACUCGAAAAAGAAAAAAUCUCAAAUUAUGAACAAAAAUUUACUGGUCAAAGUUUGGUUAAUGAUGCCGAAUUAAUUAGUGAUGAAGAUGAUGAAAUUAUAGUUGAUAAUAAUCAAGAAGGUCAACCAGCUGAAGAAAAUGAUAAUGAUGAAACUCCACCAGCUGCAGCUAUCGAAGAAAAAUUACCAACAACAAAACGUAACAGACCUCACCGUCAACGAUCAAUCGCAUCACGACAACGAAGAAACAAAAAACGAAACAACACCCAUCGAACACGUCGUUACCAACAUUACAUUACUCGUCCGAUGUAUUAUAAAUUUAAAAAGUCAUCAAUCAGAAAAAUUCUAGAACAACAUCACAUCAAUUACAUACACAUCAAGGACGUUGAUGGCAUAUUAGUUAUUGGUGUAAAGAACUCCUUGAUUCAACAGCAGUACCAAGAUCAAAUACCAGAAGAUAUAUUUGAUCGAAAACAUUAUCAAAUUUAUCAACAUCAUUAUCAACAUCAUUAUCAACAUUGUCAUCAAAAUCGUCAUCAACCUCACCAUCAAUAUAAUCAUCAACAUCGUCAUCAACAUCAUCAUGAAUAA